UUGGAGAUGAUGGAACUGAGGCCCGGAGAAGUUGAAGUGGCUGUCCAAGGAAGGCUCAGAACAGGGUGGACAGACAAUAAAAUGAAAGGAAUGAAGCCGAGUUGACGGGAAGCCGACCUGGGGCCCCGAGAGACGAUGCCACCGUCCCCCGCGGGGCCUAGGAGGCACCGUGGCCGCCAUGGGUGAGCGAGCCACCAGCGGACAAUGUGGGCCACCUUCUGCAGACCACAGCUCUUCUGCUUGUUCGUGGCCGUGCUGACCAUCGUGGUCCUCGUCCACAACAUCAAUCAGGUAGAGCACCUGGACCAUGAAGGAGACGCGCCGUUUCUCCUCGACGCCAGCGGGCAGGACGUGGAGCCGCAAGCGCCCGGGGCGGGCGGCAGGCCCUACUGUGGGUACGAGCGCCAGGCUCUGUCGAGGCGAGAGCGGGCGGAGGAGGCCUCCUUGCUGGCCGCCCUGCGGUGGCGGGACGCCCCCAGGGAGCCGGUCCCGCUGGCCCGGAGCAGCGACCCGGCCUCCAGCUACUUCGUCAUCUUGCAGGCCGGGGCGGCCUUCCGGGUGGGCGACCCCCUGGAGGUGCUCAUCCACGUCCGGGACUUCCAGGGGCGGCCCAAGCAGUACGGCGGAGACUACCUGCAGGUGAAGAUCCACUCGCCGCCGCUGCGGGCCGGGGCGGUGGGCCGGGUGGCCGACUCCGGCAACGGCUUCUACAGGGCCUCCUUCGCGCUGCUGUGGCCCGGGGAGGUGACGGUGGCCGUGUCCCUGGUGCACCCCAGCGAGGCCAUCCCGGUCCUGCGGCGGCUGCGGGAGGAGAAGCCGCACAGGGUGUAUUUCAAGAGCCUCUUCCGCUCGGGGCGGCUGUCCGAGACGACCGUCUGCAACGUCUGCCUGCCGGGCGGCCUGCCCACGUGCAACUUCACCGACCUCUACACCGGCGAGCCCUGGUUCUGCUACCGGCCGAAGAGACUGUCCUGCGGGAGCCGCGUCACCCACUUCAAAGGCGGGUACCAGAAGGGCCUCUUGUCCGCCGCCGAGAGCGUCUUCUUCCAGAGUGGCGUGAACAUCAAGAUGCCAAUUCUCUCCAGUGGUCCAGACUCGGUGACUGUGAUGCCCUUAGGAAUAAAAGAAGCAAACAAUCUGGAGCGAUCCCAAGGUGCGGACCCUUUCCCUUCCGGCUAUUAUUACCAGGAUCGGUGGAGGCCGAGAAAGCACAAGAUCCGUCGGUUUGACGAGCCCGCCAACAUUACCGAGUGCUUGCAAGGAAAAGUGGUCUAUUUAUUCGGGGAUUCCACCAUAAGGCAGUGGUUCGAAUACCUGACGGCAUUUGUCCCGGACCUGGUGGAAUUUAACCUGGGCAGCCCGAAGAACGUGGGCCCCUUCCUCUCCGUGGACCCGAAGCACAACAUCCUGCUGAGGUACCGCUGCCACGGGCCGCCCAUCCGCUUCACCACGGUCUUCAGCAGCGAGCUGCGCUACGUGGCCAACGAGCUCAACGGCAUCGUGGGCGGCCGGAACACGGUGGUGGCCCUGACCGUCUGGGCCCACUUCAGCACGUUCCCCGUGGAAGUGUACAUCCGCCGGCUGAGGAACAUCCGCCGGGCCGUGGUCCGCCUGCUGGACCGCAGCCCCAAGACCGUGGUGGUCAUCCGGACCGCCAGCGUCCAGGAGCUGGGGCCCGAGGUCAGCCUCUUCAACAGCGACUGGUACUCCCUCCAGCUGGACACGGUCCUGCGCAGGAUGUUCUCCGGGACCGGCGUCUACCUGGUGGACGCCUGGGAGAUGACCCUGGCUCACCGCCUGCCCCACCAGCUGCACCCGGACGUCGUCAUCGUCAAGAACCAGCUGGACGUGUUCUUGUCCUUCGUGUGUCCCCCGGAGACCUGAGCGCGCGGGGGCGAUGGGGGAGCCCCCUCGGAGCGGACUCCGGCUCGGGGGGGCCGAGGGGGACAGAGGUCUCGUUCACGUCUACCCGUUGAGGUGCUAUCGAUCCUGCCCCAGUUGAGAGAGCCCAGCCGUGUUGACGAGAGAGCCGUCCGUCCGCCCCGUCGGCACGGACACCGAAGAUCCGGCAGCAGAUGCAUUAGGACCCUUCCGUCGGGGGAUUUCCGGCCUUCCGGGUGCGGUACGGCGAGGUGGUCCCAAACAGAUCCGCGUCCCCGGCUUAGAGAGCGCGGGCGAACCCUCGAAUUCAUCCCAAAGGGUCCCCAAAGCCCCGCCUCAAGGGUUGAAGCCGCAGACGUACUAAGGGACCGAAAGCGGCGAGAUGAUUCCUUGGCGAUCUUCCCGCGCAAGUUAUCUUGGAAAAGUCACGAGGCGCAGUCAGGAUUUUACUCACUUGACUGAUCUCGAACCUUCCCGCUCUGUGCGUUGGUGCCGGAUAAAGCUCUUAGAAGAGGAAGAAAGUGGGCAACCAUACAAAACCGGUGGCUGGAUCAAAAAUGCUACAACUGAAUUUUGCACUGUACGAGUGUGUCUAAUUUAAUAGACGCCGCUGUUUCUCACCCUGUUUACCGAUUGAAUUCUAAAAACAAAAGUGUUACUUUUGGUGAAAGGAGGUGAGGCGGUCUGUUUUGCUCUUGGGAUUUCAUUUUUUUUUAGAGUCCCCUGUUGGAAAAUGAUAUUGAAGUGUAUAUGAUUUUCAACUUUUUCAAAUAGUAUUUCUUAUGUUAGCUUUUCAUUGCCGUCAUCCUGAAAAGCAUCCUGAAAUGUGAAACUGAAACCUAUUUUCCGGCAGAGAACGCCUGGCCGACAGGCGAGCGUGACCUCUUUCACCCUUCUUUUACAAAAGCCGUUUUUGAAAGCUGCCGGGUGUCGUUUUCUUUUAAUAUUGAAACACGCACUAUUUCGUUUACAAAUAAGCAGACUGAACGUGGUUCGUCAGUGGAGCCCGCUGGCAGCGUCCAGGAAAUGCCGUUGACUCUUGCUCUCGUGUGGAAAUCUCACUCGAAGCAGAGACACAUUUUAAUUUUGUUUUCGUCUUCAGCUCCUCGGUGGUAUUUUCCGGGCGCCUUCUGAGAGCUUAGAACAGUGCUCAGGGCUUAGUAUAGUGUUCUGCACCCAGCGAGCACUUACUAAAUACUAUUACUACCACCGCUAAGCACUGGAGAGAGAGCAACCGAAGCAGAUUUUUACCUACUCCCCAGGAGCUUGCAAACUAUUGGGAGACAAGUCGAUACAAAUUAUUUAUAAAUAAUGGGAGCGGGCUAAAGAACAAGGAUAUUAGCAGAACAGAGUGCAAUAUGCCAGAUGCCUGGAUAAAUAAUAUACACGUAUAUCCGUGUACGUGAGUGCUGAGGAGAGGAUUACAAUACGUAUAUUCUGAAGAUGGCAGUUGGGUCGACGUGUCUCAGCGCCGUUGGAACGGGAGCGUUAUGAAUUAAUCGAGAAAGUCUUCCCGGAGGAGGUGGGAUUUUAGGAGGGCUUUGAAGAUGUAGAGAAGUGUGGGAUGGUGGAUUUGGAAGGAGUGCGUAUGAAGUCGGGAGAGGAUGGGUGGGGGCCCGGAGGAGGAGAAAGGGUUGGAGAUGGGGGGAAUUGCAAGGGAGAGACCCAGUUAGGCGAGGGCGCCGAUCUUUAAGAUGGGAGUGGGCGUCCGACGACCCUUCCGUGUUGCCAUGGGGGCUCGAUUAAGCCCACUCGUCGCCCGAGUCUCCCAGCGGGUCCCCGAGGUUUGCGAGGGGCUCGGUUCAAUCGGUGCAGCCAGUUGGAGCAAGGGGCGCUGAGAUUUCCACGCUAUUGGAUGGAGCGAACCGUAGAGGUGAUUCACCGCUGCACCUAUUGCAGUCUUGCACGUAAAUAUAUAAAAAAAAAUGCAGCAGCCUGUUACUUGAAUUAGUUCACCCGGCCCUCAAACGACAGAGAAAGAAGUACGUUUUACAGGCUCUACUACUGACCGACCCUGAACAGGUUCCACCUAUGUAAGGCUGAUUCGCGGUUGCGUGUUUCAUGGCUGUUUGUACCUGUGAGUCAGCUAGAGGUUAAAGGGAAUCCUUGCAUCUCCUUUAGUCCUGGAGCUGCUUUUCAGAGAGAUACUAGGUCCUCUCCGUGUACAAAAUAACAGGCACGUAUCAGGCGUGUUCGUGAUAGCCAUAAUCCCGUUAUACGCAAAUAGAACAACGGAGAUGAAAGUACCGCAGAAAAUAGAAAGGAUUCGAUAGAUUCAAAAUACUUAUGACCAUUUCUCCAACCAUCCUCUUCUUUACCCCCACGUGACCGUGGCGAAUAGGCAUUAACCAUCACUGUUGGGAUCAAAUCUGCUGGUUAUGUGAUGGGGAUCUGGGUAUUUCUCUUUCUGAAAUGCGGGCGAUGGGUAAGGAAGCCCCUCGCCCGUAAAAUGCUUCGCUUAUCUUUACGAAACCACUCUGACGACUCCCAAGCUGAGUUUCAUUUCAGGGGAAGGAGUGGGAAGGUAAUUUUGGGGAAGAACUUAGACCUAAAAGAACUCGUAUUAAUAUUAAAGGUACUCGCAGAUAGGAUGCAGGGCACGGGCCGCAUAUGGAAAGAACAAGGCCGAACGCGGAUGCGUAGCAGCAGGACACUUUGUAAGACUGUGGGGGUCUAGAAGUGGACUUUCACCAGAAGAAGUGUGGCAGGUGCUUUUUAGCUUAACUAAAGGGGUGGAAAUAGAUGUUUGUAGGUAGGCUUACAGGCCACACAAUUUCCGUAGUCCCUAACCUUUGGUAUGUAGCAUUUAUUGAGCACUUACAGGGUGCAAUAAGCUGUGUUGGGAACAUUGGUUCGGACACAGCCCUCAUCCCCCGGCCCAUGAUCUAAAAGGAGUGAUGUUGGAGGUGGGGAACGGAUGCACAGGGAAAAGUCGACAACGAACACGAAUCAGCACAAGGAAAGAUGAGGUGAAAACCGACAACUGAACCGCAAAAGCAAACCAAGAGCGGUUUGUUUAUCGCGCUCGGUUCCGCUGCAGGCGGGCGUUUUGGGGGUGAGGAAACCGCCACCGCUUUCCCCGACCUGCCAGUUUUUAUAUCGGGGCCGCUGAGUGCCCCGUUUGCCUGCGCUUCCUCCCAGCGAUGCGUUUCUUCAAGUGGCCGCCCUCAGAUCCUACAGCCAGUUAUUCGUCCCCGAGUACCUUCUGGGAAUAUUCCUUGGGGAAAAUAAUAGCAAUACCAAUAAAAUCCCCUCUUUGGAAA